AUGUAUCAAUCACAUUGUUUAUUAUUAAUAAUUUUAUUAACAAUUUCUACUGUGAAUAUUCUUCAAGGAUGUAUGAAAUCAUCAAUGUUUUAUCGUACACCAAUACGUACACGUUCUCAUGUAUUUGUACCAGGUGAAUAUCAACCAAAACAAUUAGAAAGUAAUUUAGAAGCUAGUGGACCAUUAGAUACAAGAGAUUUUCAUAAUCAAUUCCCAAAUAAACGUUUAGUACGUGUUGAUUCACCAUAUAUUAUAUUCGAUUCUGAAGAAGCUAGAUGGAUGACAAAAGGUUGUCGAGAUCGACUGAUCAAAUUAUCGACACAGAUACAUAAUACAUGGGCUAAACAAGAUGUUAUUUUACGAGUGAUACGUUCAUGGGUUAAACCGCCACCAAAUUACAAACCUCUUCCACAAGAUGAUAAUGUAGAAGAUAAUCAUGAAGACUCACCAUUACUUUAUGAGAAAAACUCUAAAAUGGAAAAAGUUUCAAAUGGUCGUAAUCCAGUAUUUUUGGGUAAUUCACCAACAGUUUUUUCUGGUCAAAGAGCAUUACCAUUUGUACCAGUUAAAUCAAGACAAUUUCUUGAUGCACCAAUUAUUGAUAUGACACCAGAAAUGAUGGAUGGUGAAUUCAUUCAAAUUAAUUCUCAUUCAAAUAAAGUUGGAACACAAUCGAAAAAUUUAAAAUUUAAUCAAUUUAUUUCAUCAUCAAAAAGUAUUUCAACACAAACUAAUCGUUGGCCUUCAACAAAAAAUAAUCCAAAUUAUAUCACACAUUUUUCUUCUAUACCUAGAUCAUCUUUUUCAUCAUAUCCAACACAAAAUCCUCAUUCACAUCAAUCAUUGUCGUCACCAACAUCAUCAUCAUCAUCAUCAACAUCAUCUGGAUAUUUUUUCAAUCCAAACAAAGUUUCAUCAUCAUUACCAGAUUCUUCAUAUGAUACGAUGAUACGAUUGCCAAGACAUGUUUUACUUAAACAAUCAAAUAUGACAAUUUAUCAUUUAAAUCAAACAAUGAAUGAAAUUCAUUCAUCUAAUCGAAGUGAUCAAGCAUUACAUAAAUUAGUUGAACGUUCAAUUAAUACAAUCUAUACAUCUAAUACUGAUCGGAAACAUCGUAAUUAUGAUCAUAAUUCUAAUCAAAAUCAUUUAAUCACUAAUAAUAAUAAUAAUAAUAAUAAUAAAUUAAAUGAAUUACGUAUGGAAGAAUUUCAUUAUGCUGGUAGAGCUGUAGAUAUGGAAUUAAUUACACGACAAUUUGGUAGACCACAUAAUUCAGAUUUACAUUUAGGUGUAUUAGCACAAAUAGCAUAUUAUGUAGCACAUUUUGAUUGGUGUUUUUUUAAUCGUGCUGGUCAUGUACAUUGUUCUGUUAAACCUGAUUCUAUUGUUACAUCUCAAUGGUUUGGUUGUUUUCCUAGUGAAUCAAAAAUAUAUAAAUCAAAUGGUCAAUUAAUAUCAAUGAAAGAUUUAAAAAUUGGUGAUUAUAUAAUCACACAAAAUCCAUUAAAUGGUCUUUUAACAAAUACAUUAGUUUUUGGUUUCCUUGAUUAUGAUCAACAUGCAUGGAGUCCAUUAAUAGAAAUUAAAUAUCAAAUUCAUUCAAAUUUAGCACAACAACACCACCACCACCACCAACAACAACAACGAGAACAUCAACAACAACAAGAACUACAAGAAGAAGAACAACAACAGAAUAGUAUUUAUUUAACUGAAGAUCAUUUAAUUUUUAUAUAUGACAAUACUACAAUAGUAAAUAGUAAUAAUAAUAAUAAUAAUAAUAAUAGUAAUGAUAUAAACAUAAUGAAUAAGAAAGCUGUAUUUGCAUCGACUGUUAAAAAAGGUCAAAUUAUUUUUGUUUAUAAUCAUCUUCAUUCAAAUGAAUUAAUCCAAGCAGAAAUUAUAUCAGUUGAAUUAAAAAAUUCUUUAUUGAUUAAUCAUACACAAUAUAAAAUUGGUUUAUAUGCACCAAUUACUGAUACUGGUACAAUAAUUGUAGAUAAUGUUUUAGUAUCAUGUUUUGCUUAUAUAUCUAAUCAUCAAUUAGCAUCAUUUAUUAUAUCACCAUGGAAAUUCAUUUAUUAUUUAUUAUUCUAUAUAAAUAAAUUAAUUAAAUUAUUUCAAUAUAAUGAAUAUAAUAAUGAAAUAGAUUUAAUUAAUUCAAAUGGUAUACCAUGGUUUAUUCAAUGGAUUUAUAAAUUCAUGUAUGAAAUUUUACCGGAUUCACAAUUUUAUAAAAGUACAUCUUUGAUUUAA